AUGCUGCAACAAUACAAUAAACUUCCCCAGCGCGAGGCGGAAGAGGAGACUCAGAAUCAAGACAAUGGCUUGUUGCAAAGUGAGCAGACGCUCCCGUCUUUCUCCGGAUCGCCGAACUCACAAGGCACACUGAAGCUUCCAGACAUGGCACCUCCAGCAUACGAACCAGAUGUAUUCAAACAAUCGAGUUGGGAUACGACCAGCUCUCAGAACUUGGAAUCCACCCAAUUCGAGGAUUUUGAUAUCGAUGAUCCCCUUGAUGAUUCAGAAGAAGGAACAUCUAGUAUGAAAAUGGCAUUCAUGAACAUGGCUAAUUCCAUUCUUGGCGCAGGAAUAAUCGGACAACCGUUUGCGAUGCGGAACAGUGGUCUACUAGGUGGAAUUUUGGUCAUGAUUUUGCUUACGUUCUUGAUCGAUUGGACUCUACGGUUGAUUGUGAUCAAUGCACAAAUGUCUCAAACGAGAUCGUAUCAGGACACUGUUCACUACUGCUACGGAAAAGUCGGCAAAGCUCUACUCUUGCUCACAAUCAGCUCCUUCGCAUAUGGCGGAUGCAUGGCAUUUUGUGUCAUCAUUGGUGACACUAUCCCUCACGUCUUGAAACUGUUCUUACCUGAUGCUGCGUACGCAAAAGGAACAAUUCUUGGUUGGUUCCUACAAAGAAACGUUAUCAUCACAAUAUUCACUACUUGCAUCUCCUACCCUCUUUCUUUGAAUAGGGACAUCUCGAAGUUGGCAAAAGCUUCUGGUUUUGCGCUCUUCGGUAUGACUAUCAUCGUCUUGAUCACCCUUUUUCGUGGACCAUUUGUUGAUAAAAGCCUCAAGGCUCCACUCGAGGCGAGUGAAUGGCUCAUAAACAAAAAUAUUUUCCAGGGCAUAUCUGUUAUCUCAUUUGCUCUCGUUUGUCAUCACAAUACCCUUUUCAUAUUCAAUUCUAUGCGGAAUGCCACUGUCGAAAGAUUCUCCAAACUCACUCAUUUUGCUUGCGGGAUUUCAAUGUGCUUCUGUCUUCUCAUGGGUAUCCCCGGGCUCUUGAACUUUGGACAUAUUGUAAAGGGCAAUAUUCUCAAUAAUUUCAAAGCAAAUGACUUUUGGAUAAAUAUUGCGAGAUUUUGUUUCGGACUUAACAUGCUCACAACAUUUCCAUUGGAAGUUUUUGUUGUUCGAGACGUUUUGAAGGAUAUUGUCGCCGCAUUUUCACAUUCGGGGUCGAAUUCUGAAUCCACAAGCGCUGAAUUGACACAGAAACAACACUUUUCAAUCACUACUAUCUUGGUAUUUUCUUCGAUGUCCGUCUCUCUAUUUACGUGCAAUCUAGGUAUGAUACUCGAGUUAAUCGGUGCCACUUCUGCAUCAUUAAUGGCAUACAUCAUCCCGCCACUUUGCUAUCUCAAAUUGUCAUGGGAGAAAGUGGGUUACAAAAGUGCGAGUGAUGAGGAAAGAAAAGCGUUCUUGUGGAAAAAAGCAAUCCCGAGUAUUCUUUGCGUAGUCUUUGGAUUCACAGUCAUGAUAGUCAGUUCAUACAUGACAAUCAAAACAAGUCUCGCGAACAACAAUUCCGAUAAUCAUUGUGUUGAUGACUAA